AUGCGACUGUUUGGAAUGCCGGCAUCUACGGGUGUGCCAAGAUUUGAAAGGGAUGAUCAAGUUAUUUGUACUUCCUAUUUUUCGAAAUUGAAUCCAUUGGAGCAUGGAGAGAUACACAUUUCUCUUGUCAAUGGACGUCCUGGAGUAGAAAAGUCAAGUCAAUUACUUCAUGAAUUUACCAAAACAAGAUUUGUCCGUCUAAGACUUUUAAGCCUAAAAACAUUACAUGCUGACUUGAUGGUAAUUAACCACCGCGAUAAAACACUUGACCAUUCAGUCACUCGCCGUUAUUUCUAUACAAUCUCAGAUAUAAGUAUAGGUGGACAAUGUAUUUGUUAUGGACAUGCAGAGAGGUGUACACCGGAUGUUGUACAUGGACAAUUUCGUUGUGAAUGUCGUCACAAUACUUGUGGAGAAUCUUGUUCUCAAUGUUGCCCCCUUUUUAACCAAUUGCCUUGGCAAGUUGGGACACAUGAACAUCCAAAUAUAUGUCAAUCUUGUCAAUGUUUCAACCACGCAUCUCAAUGUGUAUAUGACGCAGAGGUAGAACGCCAAAGACUCAGUGUAACCCCUGAGGGAAUUUACGAGGGUGGGGGUAGAUGUUUAGACUGUCAGCACAACACUGAGGGAAUAAAUUGUGAAAAAUGCAAAAAAGAAUAUUUUCGUCCAGCAAAUAUUUCACAUUAUCGUCACGAUGCUUGUAGACCUUGUGAUUGUGAUUUGACUGGAUCUGAAAGCAAUGUUUGUAUUGGCGAUGAAACUGAAGCUUUUAAUGAAAUGAGGCCCGGAGAUUGUCGUUGCAAACCAGGCUUUGGAGGCCGUCGUUGUGAACGUUGUGCUCUUGGUUUUCGCAAAUAUCCACUUUGUGAACCUUGUAAAUGUCAUCAAUCUGGCUCUUUAAAUUUCGAAACAUGUGAAGAAGAGCAUUGCAUUUGCAAACAAAAUGUGGAGGGAGAACGUUGUGAUCGUUGCCGUCCUGGCACUAUUUAUUUGGAUAAUGAAAAUCCUUUGGGAUGUCAGCCAUGUUUUUGUUUUGGAAAGAGUAGGGAAUGUAGGGAGAAUUUUUGGAAUAUUGGACAGAUUUCACACAAUAACGGCUGGAAUUUAACCGAUCUACUCGGUCAUUCCUCAAUUCCACAACCAGAAACAUUAAUAAACAAUGGAAUAAUUGAUCAACAAUUGAUAUUUAAUAUUGAAGACUUGAGAAAUUCAAAACGCCCCUUGCCUCAAUUUUAUUAUUGGAGUGCUCCUAAAAAUUUUCUUGGAAACCGUUUAAAUUCCUUUGGGUCGAAUUUAUAUUACUUUGUUUAUUAUGUGCCUAGAGAAUUCGAUAGAGGGCAACAAAUACCCGUGGCUGAUGUUGUCAUUGAAGGAAAUGGUGUCAAGUUGGAAUAUUAUAGUCGAAUAAACUUUUUUCCACGAGAAAACAUUAGUAUGCGAGUUCUAUCAGAUAUAAAUUCACUUUUGGUACGUGCCCGUUACCAUCAAGAUCAGCUACAAUCUAGUAUUUAUGGAUUUCGAAUGGAAACAGCUUAUGAACAAAAUAAUUUAGCAAUUAUUAAUUCAAAUAUUUUGCCUAUAUCUUUGGGGAAAAGUACUCGAAAACAUGUUUUGCCUGUUGAAGUUUGUGUUUGCCCUGAACAUUUUGAGGGAAAUAGCUGUGAACGUUGUCAACUUGGUUACAGAAGGGUUAAUAAUCAACUUUUUGAUGGAAUUUGUAAAAAAUGUGAAUGUCAAGGCCAUUCUCAGGAAUGUGAUACUUUUAGUGGGAAAUGCCUUAAUUGCCAACACAACACAACAGGACCUCGUUGUGAACAAUGCCUUCCCGGUUUUUACGGAAAUCCUUCUCUUGGAGGAGUUUUAGGUCAAUGCAAACCUUGUGCCUGUCCAACAGUGGAGAAUCCUAGAUCUAAACAAUGCACUCUAAGUCAAUUAGUACUCGAAGGAGCAGCUGCAGUUAAUCAAGACGAAUAUGUCUGUACUGCUUGUGAAGCUGGUUAUGAUGGAAAUAAAUGUGAAAUUUGUGCUGAUGGCUAUUUUGGUGACCCAUUUGCCUCUGAUCCCCAAAAGUCAUGUCGUCCUUGUGAGUGUAAUGGAAACAUUGAUAAUGCUGCAAUUGGAAAUUGCGAUAGAUCUACAGGAGAAUGUCUUAGAUGUAUAGGAUAUACGACUGGUACAAAAUGUGAAGAAUGUCUUCCAAAUCAUUGGGGAUCUGCAUUAGCCCAUACUUGCCGUCCAUGUCGUUGUCAUUCAUUUGGCUCUCUUUCCCCUCAAUGUUCCAACCAAACAGGUCAAUGCCAAUGCAGAGAAGGCUAUACAAGUGAUAGAUGUGAUCGUUGCCUUCCUGGACAUGGAGAUGUUGGUAAUGGAUGUCCAGAAUGUAAAUGUAAUAUUACUGGCUCAUUGGGAACUUUAUGUGAUGAAGUUAGUGGCCAAUGUGUUUGCAAAAGAGGAAUAUAUGGAAAGAGGUAA